AUGGUCGCCACGUCUCCCUUUCCACAUAUGUAUAUCAUCAAUGACGACCACGGUGCUAUCAGCAGUUUGAUCGAGAAGCAAGGUUCAGGAGAUGCGCACCUAAUCAAUGUUCCGGUCAGCUGGCGCGGACUGAGUGUCUCCGCCCCAGACACUGGACCAGUCACCGUCAAGACGCUCCCUCGUGCCUGCCUAAAUACAUUUGGCAUUGACCAAUUCAACGUCCUCAAGAAGCUUCUGUUUCCCAAGGGACUCGGGAAGAUCAAGACACGAAAUGUCCUUGAAGAUUUCACGGGAAUAGUGACUCCAGGUGAGAUGUUGUUGGUUCUAGGCCGUCCGGGAAGUGGGUGCUCCACGUUCCUGCGCACGUUGGCGAAUCGAACCUCCCUCGAGAUUCAUGGGGACCUGCAGUAUUCAGGGAUCUCGGCGGACGAGUUUGGAAAGCGUCAUCGUCGCGAUACAAUUUACCUGCCUGAGAAGGAUCAGCAUAUUGCGGCCUUAACAGUGCGUCAGACGUUGAGGUUCGCUCUCCGGAUGAGCCUGCCCUCGGAAGUGCGCCACGGCGCGAUGGUCGAGGAGCUAGUUCAGUCGAUGGCGCAGAUGUUCGGUAUUGAUCAUGCAUUGGAUACGCCUGUCGGUGGCUCUUUUUCACCCGGUGUGUCUGGAGGUGAGCGGAAGCGUGUGUCGAUUGCCGAGGUUCUCGCGGCCGGGUCGUCAGUGCAGUGUUUCGACAAUUCCACACGUGGCUUGGACUCGUCUACCGCUUUGGACUUUGUGAAGGCAAUUCACAUGCUUACGAAGGUGGGCGAUCGAACCACCAUGGCAACUCUGUACCAAGCCGGUGAGACUUUGUACAACUACUUCGACAAGGUGCUAGUCAUCUACGAAGGAAGGCAAGCUUUCUUCGGCAGGACUGAUGAGGCUCGAAAAUACUUCGAGGACUUGGGGUUCGUGCGCGCAAAGGGCCAAACCACCGCCGAGUUUCUCUCCUACGUUACCGACCCUGCCCAUCGUGAAGCCGCAACAGGCAGCGUGGCGGCGAAUAUGUACACGGCGGCCGACUUCGCGGCCUUGUUUAAAAGCUCUCCCCACUACGCCAGUCUAGUCAGCGAAAUCGAUGCAUCUCUGUCCUUGGGUCACCCGCAGGCUGCCACGUCAAUGGGAACGGCAUCAUUCAACUUUUCCUACCCACUGCAGCUCUGGGAGUGUCUGCUUCGCGAGAUUCAGCUCGUGCGUGGUCAAAAAAUUGUCCACUACGGCAAGUGGAUUGCCACCAUUAUUCUGUGCCUAAUUAUCGGAAGCGAGUAUUUCGAUGUCUCGGUAGAUGCACAAGGCGCCUUCACUCGUGGCGGUCUGCUUUUCUUUGCUCUAAUUGUCAAUGGCUGGCUUCAGUUCCCGGAGCUUUUUGAUGCCCACACAAACCGUCCAGUUCUAGAGCGUCAAGCCGCACUGCAUAUGUACCGACCGUCGGCUGUGGCUUUGGCUAGAGUCAUCAUUGAAAUUCCCCUGAUCGUCUUCCAGCACUGUAUUUUUGCCAUCGUGUUCUACUUUCUGGCGGGACUACAGGUCGAAGCAGGCAAAUUCUUCUUUUUCUUGUUCGUGCUGAUCUUGUCUACUAUCUGCUUCAGCAAUUUGUUGCGCAUGUUUGCGUACUACGUGCCUACUCUGGAUGAUUGCUUCAGGUUUGGUGGCACUGGCUCAACUAUCACGAUCUUGUUCUCUGGCUUUUUGGUCCCGACCAAGGACAUGAGACCCUACUUCGGUUGGCUGCACUACCUCAGUCCAAUUAACUAUGCCUACGAAAGUCUCUUCGUUAACGAAUUUGACGGCCUGAAUCUCGACUGCAGCGGUCAAAUGAUCCCCGAUGUGGCCGGUACAAACCCAGAAUACCAGAUCUGUAUGGUUACCGGAGCCAAGGAAGGUCAACAGUCAAUUCCAGGUCUACAGUAUGCUGAAUCCAGCGGGUUAUUGCUUGCGCAUAAAUGGCGUAACGUGGGAAUUCUGUUCGCUUUCAUCGUUGCCUACGUCAUCAUCGGUAUGGUGGGCAGCGAGGUGAUGCGAUUUACUCCCCAGGGCGGGUCGCCAAUCGUCUACGCCAAGAAUAUUGAAGCACAUUCGGAGAUCCCGUCCGAGAAUGAUAGGACUGCUGAGAAAGAUGUCGAGCGGGAACUGCCUGAUUCUGAUUCUGGUGCUGAUGAGGCGAGGUCGGGACCUGCAAAACACAGUGGUGCGUCGCUGACUUGGAAGAACCUGACUAUUGACAUUGGUGAGAAACGUAUUGUCAAGGGAGUUACUGCUUUCAUUCAACCGGGUGAUUUCGUAUCAAUCUGUGGUGCUAGUGGUGCUGGUAAGACGACAAUGCUAAAGGCUUUGAGCCAGAUAAAUGUGACUGGUGAGGUUGGGGGAGAGUUGCUGUUCGGGAACACAGCACUUGGAAAAUCGUUUCAGAAAGUUACCGGGUUUGCACAACAGGCUGAUCUCCAUGAUCCAACGGCAACCGUUCGGGAAGCACUGGAAUUUUCCGCUCUAUUACGUCAACCCGACAUUUACUCGCGCGCUGAAAGGCUUGGAUAUGUGGACACAGUCCUCGACCUGCUGGAUUUGAAGCAUGUUGCUGACGCUCUAAUUGGAGAUGAAGACUCUGGACUAGGAGUGGAGAUGACAAAACGAGUAACGAUUGGUGUGGAGCUCGCAGCUCGACCUCGCGUGCUCUUCGCCGACGAGCCAACUUCCGGUCUGGACUCCGAAGGCGCAGCAAACAUCGUCCUAUACCUGCGCAAACUCUCCCACGCUGGCCAGGCAGUACUAGUAACCAUCCACCAACCAUCUGCUCUCGUAUUCUCAAAAUUUGAUAAGCUGCUUGCUCUUUCUCCGGAAGGAGAGCAGCUCUACUUUGGUCCUAAUGAUAAAGCACUUGAUUACUUCACCCGACAUGGGGCCGUGUCAGCCCCAGAUGCGAAUCCCGCAGAAUUCAUCCUUGAUGCUGGUGGUGCGGGCAUCAAUGCCCGCAAAGAUACCAAGGGAAGUCAGUGGUCCAAGCACUGGCGCGAGUCUCCCGAGGCGAAGGCCAUCUCGGAGGAAAUUGAUCGCAUCAAUAAGAACUACGAAGAAGGAAACAAUAGUUUGGAUGAGGAGAUUGGCCUUGGCGAUUUCAACGCUUCUAUCCUGUCUCAGUCGCAGCUACUCACUGUUCGAAUGCUGAAGAACCAGUGGAGAAACCCGCCAUACAUGUACUCGAAGCUGUGGGUGCAUGUAAUUCAUGCGGUUCUGAUUGGGAAACGCACUACUAAAAUUAACGACAAUGAACCUAGAUCGCUUAGCGUCUUCUCCAUCGUUCUCCUGGUCAAUACCAUCGUCAACACCGUCCUUGCUCGGUUCUUCUUCGCUCGCCUCCUCUGGGAAACUCGUGAGGGUCCCUCCCGCACAUAUGGUUGGCAAGCACUCUGCACUGCGAGUAUCGCAUCCGAGAUGCCUGGCUCUUUGGUUUGCUGUGUUCUAUACUAUGCCAUCUGGUACUGGCUUUGCGGAUUGCCCACUGGUGAGGCGGCUGGUUACGUAUUCCUGUCGUUCCUGACUUUCGAGAUCUUUGAGGUCCUGUUUGGCCUAUUUAUGAUCGGAAUGAGCCCUGACCUUGCGACAGCCGGAAAUGUUCUUGUGUUCUUAGUUUGCUCUGUCAACUGGUACAACGGAAUCAUCGUUCCAUAUGAGCAGAUUCAGGUCUUUUGGCGAUACUGGGUAAGCUAUCACACUCACCUUCUCGAACAUCAACAACAAUACUGGCACAGACGAAGCGCUAACAAAAUAUACCAGAUGUAUUGGCUUAAUCCUUUUACCUACCUCCUCGGCGGUCUCGUCACUGCAGUCAUCGAAGACCAACCGGUCGUCUGCAACGAAGGAGACCUUUAUUUCCUCUCCCCGCCAGCGAAUGAAACCUGCGGCUCUUACCUUUCCUGCUGGGCCACUUCCGCACAAGUGCAACUCCUUAACCCCUCUGAUACCGAUAACUGCCGGUUGUGUCAGUACAUCACAGGAAAUCAGUACCUGGAGGGAUUCCGGCUAGGGAAUGGAGAGAACGGCGGCAUCUGGGGCGAUUGGGGCAUCUUCGUACUGUUUACCUUCUCCAGCUUCUUCUUCUUUUAUUUUGCGACAUGGGCGACGAGGGUGCAUAAGUGGAAAUGA